AUGGCAGCACGAGAGUCUGGGAGAGUAAAGGAAGCUGAAAAAAGGAGGAUACUGGAUGAGGCAGCGAGAAAACGUCGAGCAAGGAAAGCCGUUGAAGCUCUGGAACAAGAUAAUUUUCAUGAGGAUCCUCAUGCAGAUCUGGUUAUGUCAAAAAAGAUACCCAAGUUUGCCGAUUCCAAUGAGAAGCCGACAAGGAAAAAGAAAUCAAAGAGCGCAGAGUACUAUAAAAUGAGGUUUAGAAAGACAUUUGCUCAGCUCGUGGAGGAAGAUGCUGCUUUCAGACCAGAUCCACCUAACUAUUUAUCUGCACAAGCGCCACCCUCAAAUUUCCCAGACCGACAUUUUUGUGCAGUUUGCGGGUUUCCUUCAAAUUAUACCUGCAUACCGUGCGGAGCAAGAUACUGCAGCGUCCGAUGCCUUGGCACUCAUUUAGAUACACGAUGUUUGAAAUGGACAGCUUAAUUCUUUCAAAACCAUUAUAUUUUAAUAUCAUAUAAAUUACUUACCAAUAAUUAGUUUCGGACUUGUAAUUUGUAAUAAAAAAAGUAAAACAUUA